AUGAGUCUCGCUUCGCGGCAUAGCGGAGCUACGCAAGGCAGUAAUCACACCAACGCCAAUAAUACGUCCAAACCCGCUCAUAAUAAAUCAAGUCGUGUGGGCGGUCCCUUCGCCAGUUUGAUUUCUGGACGCCUAGCUUUGCCUCGGCAGUUGGUGGUACAGGCUAGAAAUGCUUUAGACAAUACCCCGGUGUCGAUCCACCUCAGUUUCUCCGGCACAAUUGGUCAGGGUACCUUCGGGCAGAUUGAAAAGGCCACUCUUACCACUCCGCCUCCCUCGAAGACUGCCGACGAUAAGUCCUCCUCAUCUGCUACUGCUAAUUCCUCUGACAGCACUGUAUUAUCAGUUGCUGUGAAGCGGGUGCUACAGGAUCCACGCUACAAAAAUCGGGAGUUGAGUAUCAUGCAAAAGCUCAACAGGCAUCCAAACGUGGUUAAAUUUUACUACUACUACUUUUCCACUUCGUCCUCCGCAUCGCGCACGCGGUCGAGGAAUUCGCAACAGCCGUGCGAAGGCGUAUGCACGGAUAUGCCACCAAGCGCGGAUAUGGAUGUGUAUUUGCAUUUAGUGCUCGAGUGCUUUCCGGGCAGUCUGUGUGAAUUGGUCUACAUGUACUUUCAACGCAAUAUGAGCAUUCCUCCACUUACUGUCAAAUUGUUCACCUAUCAAAUGCUCAAAGCUCUAGCCUAUCUGCACAGUCACCAAAUUUGUCAUAGGGAUCUUAAGUCCUCAAAUCUUCUUGUUAAUGAGCAGACCAUGGUUCUGAAGCUAUGUGACUUCGGCAGUGCCAAGGAAAUGGUCCCUGGAACAACUAACGUCUCCUAUAUUUCUUCUCGGUACUAUCGAGCACCGGAGUUGCUGUUCGGAGCGCAGAUGUACACUUGCGCUAUCGAUACGUGGGGCGCAGGAUGUGUAUUGGCCGAAAUGUUGCGUCAUCAGUGUCUCUUCACAGGCGCCGAUUCAGUGGACCAGUUAGUGAAAGUGAUUCGUGUACUGGGGACGCCAACGGCAGAAGACAUUGCGAGCAUGAACCCCAUGUACGAGUCUUACAACUUCCCCGAUGUACAAUCCUGCCCGGUGAAGCUCUUCUUUCCGCGCCACACACCGGCUGAUCUGCUUGCGCUCAUGUCCAGGAUGCUCGUAUAUAACCCCAACAAUAGGCUGCCGCCGAGACAAGGCCUCCUUGACCGCGCAUUCGACGAGAUUCGGGAUCUGAGAGCGUCUGGAGGUAAACUGCCCAACGGCAACCCCCUGCCACCACAUCUCUUCGAUUCCGACCCGCCCGAUCACUUGCAGUCGGCCGCUGGUGAUAAACCCUCCACCUCCACUGUCGCCUCUUCUGUCCAAUCCAAGGAUUCUACUCACAAGCAUUCUACCGAGGUUAAAGUCCGAGGCAAUGAGGUCUCCGGUAGCAGCAACAAUGGUGGUCAUCAAGAGUCCUCCAACGAGGUAGACCCAGGUACUGCUGCGACUGAUUCAUCGAAGUCGACGGAAGGAGCCAAGCAGGCUUCCGAGAACCCCACUGGCAGCAUCUCCUGA